CAGAGCCACGGUCACACACUGUGCUGCCCUGAAGAUGUAACAUGGCGUUAGCUGGCGCCGUGUGCCUGUUCCUGCUGCUGCUGUGCCACGGGCUGGCCGAGCGGUCUGGCCGCUGGGAGAGGAGCGGAGCGUCGGUAUCCGAGGGGCCGAAGCGGCUGCCUCACCCUUUGCUCUACUUCGACCCCCGCGACGUGAGCAGCCUGCGCCAGAAGUCCCACAGCAGCGGCCAUUCGGCCAUCACCCGGGCUAUCAGGAACGCUGUUGGCACCAUGUUGGGCAAACCCAGCUUCUACCUUCCCCCCAGUGACCACCUCAGCUUCUCUGCCAAGUGGAACGAGGUCUAUGGCAACAACCUCGGGGUGCUGUCCCUCUAUUGCCUUCUCUACCCAGAGGACCAGGCAGCUCUAGAUUUCACCCUGGACUACAUGGACCGGAUGGCGAGCUACCCUCAGUGGCAGGUCAGGGUGGCACCCAACGACGAGGUGCCAGUCGCCCACUCCCUGACUGGCUUUGCCACGGCUUUUGACUUUCUCUACCCAUCCCUGGACGCAGCCCGGAGGCAGAGCUACGUGGAGAAAAUCCAUGGGGUCACCAAGGAGCUGUACGAAUUCUCCAAGUACCGAGCCUGGGGAAAGCACUAUCUACAUAACCACCAGGCGACCAACAUUGUGGCUCUACUGGUGGGCGCUCUGGUGCUGAGCCCGCACCGGCCCCAGACUGCCCUGCUGUGCAAGCAGAUCGCCGUCGAUGUGAUGGAGAAGACCAUGUUCCUGCUCGACCACAUUGUGGACGGCUCCCUGGACGAAGGCGUUGCCUACGGCAGCUACACUGCCCGUUCCAUCACCCAGUACGUGGCCCUGGCUCUGCGUCACUUCCACCUCAACCACACUGGGAGCCCCUGGCUGAAGCAGCAUUUCUGGUUCUAUUAUGCCACCCUGUUGCCUGGCUUCCAGAGGACUGUGGGCAUCGCCGAUUCCAACUACAACUGGUUCUAUGGCCCAGAGAGCCAGCUCGCUUUUCUGGACAGGUACGUGCUGAGGAAUGGCAGUGGAAACUGGCUGGCCAAGCAGAUCAGGAAGCACCGUCCCAAGGAUGGCCCGAUGGAGCCCUCCAGCGCCCACAAGUGGUGUACGCUCCACACCGAAUACAUCUGGUAUGACCCAGAGCUGACCCCGCAGCCGCCCGCCCAUCACGGCACGCCCCGCCUCCACAUCUUCUCCAACUGGGGGGUGGUCACUUAUGGGGGCGGCUUGCCCAAUGAGCCGGGCAACACCUUUGUUUCGUUCAAGUCGGGGAAGCUGGGAGGGCGGGCAGUCUACGGGAUUGUCCACGAGAGCCCGUACUCAUGGAUUGAUGGCUGGAGGAACUUCAACCCAGGCCACGAGCACCCGGACCAGAACUCCUUCACCUUUGCCCCCAGCGGCCAAGUCUUUGUGUCGGAGGCUCUGUACGGGCCCAAGUACAGCCACCUAAACAACGUGCUGGUCUUCUCACCAUCUCCCAGCAGUCAGUGCAACCAGCCCUGGGAGGGCCAGCUGGGGGAGUGCGGCCAAUGGCUCAACUGGAUGGUGGGUGAGGCUGGCAACUCGGCGGGUGAGCUGGUGACCGCCACACAGGACGGAGGAAUGCUGUUCACCAGCGGAGAGGCAGCUCCCGCCUACUCCUCUGCCAUGGGCCUUCAGAGUGUCUACCGUGCCGUGCUGCUUCUAAGCCCCCAGGUCCUGCUGGUCGUAGACCACAUCGAGAAGCGUCAAGGCUCCCCGCUCCAGCUAGUCAGUGCCUUCUUCCACAACCUGGACAUUGACUUCAAGUACGUGGCUCACCGGGUGGCUGGUCGCCUCAAUGGCGCAAUGAUGGACGUCUGGGACGCUCAGUUCGCCAUGUUCUGGCUCGACCACCGCGGGGGAAGCCCAGCCCCCCGCAUCCAGGAGGCCGAGCAGGUGGCGGAGUUCAAGAAGCGCUGGACCCAGUAUGUCAAUGUGACCUUCCCAUUGGGCGAGCGGUUCACCCGCAUCGCCUACGUCUUCCAUGGGCCCUGGGCCCGUGUCACCGACUGCCGCUUCACCGAUGACUCAGCACGCGGCCUCAGGCUGGCGCUGACCGUCAACGACACCGAGCUGCUGGUCUCCGUGGCCACCCAGCACAGCGACCCCACCGCCCGCUUCCGCUACCUGGGUUUCGGGGGCUAUGCCAAGGUGGAAGCAGGACAGCAGGUGACCAGGUUCGGUUUCGGGACAGCUCCAUCCGGGGGCCCCGGGAGGCCCGUGCCCACUUUCCUCCGCUUCGGGCCUGCAUUGAGGAGCCUCCUGGGCGCCGGCCUGUGCCUCGGCCUGGCGCUGGUGGCUGCCCGUUGGAAACUCUGCAUCUCCUUCGGGCGCAUGCUGCGCCUGGCCUUGUUGGCGCUCAUCACCCUGUGGUUCCUUGAGCUGGUGGCACUGUGGGGCACAUGCUCCAGGCCCCCAUGCGGAAUGGCCUGGACCGGGGCUGCGGACAGUGCCGAGGGAGGGGGAGGACCGUCCGAGCAGUGGGAUGAGGGCCUGGGGAAAAUGUCGCCGGUGGUGGUCACCUCGCUGCCGGGCUCCGGGGCCGAAAUCCUGAGGCACCUCUUCGCCAACAGCACCGAUUUCGUCUACAUCAGGGUCCCGACGGAACACCUCGACCUGCCCGAGGUGGAGUUCGAGUUUGACUCCUUUGUCGAUGCCUGCGAGUGGAGGGAGUCGGACGCGCUGGCGGGACGUUACCGUCUGAUCCAGGGCUGGCUCCAGUCCCUGGUGCACAACACCAAGCUGCACCUCCAGAACAUCGCCCUGCAUGGCCCGCCGAGAGGAGCUCCAUCAGUCAACAACAGCCCCCCGCUCAGGAAGAGGAAAGCCCGCAGGAGGGCUGACCAGAGCUCCAAGUUUAAGGAAAACCUGGAGAGGGACGCGGAAUACGUCAGGGGGCUGCGGAGGCACCUUGCCUCCUAUCCCAACGCCCGGGUGGUCCUCAGUUUGAGCAGUGGGAGCUGGACGCUGAAGCUGCCGUUCGUGCAGGCCGUGAUUGGAUCUUCAAUGAGGGCCCUGUAUGUGGUGAGGGAUCCUCGUGCCUGGGUCUACUCCCUGCUCUAUAACAGCAAGCCCAGCCUUUAUUCCCUGAGGAAUGUGCCCCAGCACUUGGCCUUGCUCUUCAGAGAAGACCAGCGAAAGGAGCGAUGUGACCCAGACUCCGGCUACGCCUUUGAGUACGAAUCCCUCCGGAGGCAGCUCUCAUCGACAGCCAAAGACCCGGUGAUCCUCCUGGCUCACCUCUGGCUCGCGAACACCAGGGCGACGCUGAGGGUAAGCAAGAAGCUGUCACCCGGCAACUACCACCUGCUGAGAUUUGAGGACCUCGUCGAGGCCCCUCGGGAAACGGCCGAGAGAAUCUACACCUUCCUGGGUUUUGUCCUCCCCCCGGCUGCCCUGAACCGCAUCCUUUUCGCCACUUCGACCAAUCUGUUUCACCUUCCAUUUGAGGGCGAGGUCUCUCCCAGCAGCCUCCAUGCCUGGAGGGACAGGAUGCCCCAGAAGGACAUCAGGCUCAUUGAGGACACUUGCUGGUCAGUGAUGAGUGAACUCGGCUACACCAGGUCGACCAGCUGAGAGCGCUGCUCACCAGGGCGGUGGGGCUGUCUCCAAAGUCUUGGCAUAAAAACGUUGGACAGGCCAGGAAAGUCCCGGCCAAGUUGGACAAAUUGGCGUCUCAAGGCCCAGAACAACGGGGUGUGUUGCGUUGUCUGCUGGGCACAGUGCUUUCAAAGUAAUUGUAGCCCAUGGGAUCUUGCAGAGGGAAGGGUGGACUUGGUGGGGGACUUUCAACACAGGAGGAAAGGCAGAGACUGGGGCAUAUUUUUGGGAACGGGAUGGAAAGAUGGAAGUAACCUUGCAGCAUGAAUCAUUCAUAAUGUGAUAGCAUUAAUCGCAUUGAGCUAAAACGCAAGGCUGUGCUGUUCAAUUGAACCCAUUAAGUGAUAAUUAGCUGCAGAUGCUAUUCCAUUUCUCCGUCGCUAGUUCUUGUGCUCCUGGGCCUGAGACCCGUUUGCCAAAUUGUCUAAGAAAGCGAUCUGGCCUGGCUGCUCCUGAAAAGAGGGAAUUUUACGAGCAAAAAAAUUUAAGAUCUCUGGCUUGGUGGGAGUUCUACUGUCCUCCGCAGUGCUCGCGGUUUAUCAUUUCCAAGAAUGGCAGUAUUGGAGUGCACCGUGGGGAAGCCUUGAAAAAUGUACCCAAUCCAUAAAACUUGUGUUUGCCAAAAUAAGUUGAAACAUUGGCCAAUAUAAUGAGUCUUAAACUGUUGUGGGCAGUGAGGGUGAGUGAUUGAUCAAUCGGAGAGGCCUCGUUCCAAGUAAGGGUAAUGCCACAAUGAAUGAACAUUGAUAGGACAAGUUUCUGACACAGCGUGUGAUUUGGCUUUUUGGGUUAGAGCUUGUUUGUUGUACAUUUCUUGAAGAAGUAAAUGUCACAGUCGCA